AUGAUCGAGAUCAAUUUUUGCCACAAGUUUCGAGCAGAGAGCCUCAAAAUGGCUCGAAAAAAACUGGUGUGUACUUUUUACAGGGCUUACACUGAACUUUCACACAAAAAUUUGGAGUAAACUGGAUAGCAGUCAAAAAAAGCAAGACCCCGUUUUUAUAUGUUUAAAAUAGGUAAACUGUUUGAAAAAAAUCGAGCGAACAUUCUAUUGAACGUUAAAAUUGAACGUUAACAUUGACGGCUUAUUACUCGCAAUUUGCUCAGCCGACCUUGUCGAAAUUCGAUGAUCGCGGCAAGAAACAGAAGCCUAUUGAGGAGGUAUGGUCAGAACUGAGCACAUCAGCGAAAGUCCAUCAAAGUAUCAAAUUAAAACGAUGUUCUCGAGCGGGUCUCGCGUUUUUUCUCAGCGCUAUCUCGCACUUCAUUGAGAAUUUUUUCGACUUUGGGAAUUUUUUACGCGAACGGUAUCUCCUUUCCUUGCGUCGCAGUAAGUAUUCCCCACCCUGUAAUAUGAUUAUAAAUCAUAAAAACAAAUGAAAAACUCAGAAAAAGAGAGGUGAGAUAGAAAUGAUUCGGAUUUCCUCGAAAUAUGCGUAAGACCAAGUGCGCCCUAUUGCGAAGUGUUCACAUAUAAUGGGUGAUAAUUACCGGCGCUUCCGAAAGUGAAAAAGUUGCGAACAAAUUGGAAAAUUAGAUAAUUUUGAAUAUCGCAGAAAUUAUUUCGAACACGGCAAGGUCUAAUUAGACUAAAAGAGGGUUAAAAAAUUUCGGCGUUCUCUAAAUUGACCUUUUAGGAACACGCCCAAUUGGCAUUCAAGAACGCCGUUUGAAAAAUUGGGUACUACAACUAGAGGCCAACUUCUCUUAAAAAUACUAGAUUAUGUACUAUUUCUGAAAAAAAAAACAAAAUACGCCAAACAACACAAAGCCGGUUCGAAAAGAUGAACAUUCCUAUAGGAAAUUAUGUCUUUGGACUAACUAUAUCGAUCAAAAUGGCAGUAAUGAUACGUACUCGGUAAUUUUGAAAUCAGAAAAAUCUCUAGACAUUUAAAAAAUGCAAAAUAAGAAUUUUUGAAAUGAGCUUUUCUAGCGAGAACGAGAGUUCAAAAUUCUGUUUUAAAAUGUCGAAAGUCGUCAUCCCGCUGUAGUACCGAGUUUUUUUCUAAGUCCUUUCGAAAUACCGACGCCGUGUAUUUCGUGAAACUUUUUAACGAGUAAAGUAUCAAUUUUUGAAAUAAGCUAAAAAUAAUUUUUUUACAUUGCAUGAAUCCUGAAUAUUCGAAUAUUCAUCUGAAAUUUUCGGGAGAAUUUUCAUAUUACUGUAGACACGUUUUCUGCAACCAAAGUUUGCAAACACGCGACGCGCAAGAUUGAAUUCAAAUUUUAUAUAAAUUCAUACUUUAGUUUUUUCCUCCCUUUUUCGGGUUGUUUGUCGUGUUUUCUUUAGAAAAUUUUUUAUGAUGCUGUGGUUUUAUUAUAGAACUUUAGGAACGCUUAUUAAAAUAUCAGUUUUCGCAAGUUCAAUGCGUUUUCCCUCUUUCAUUUUUUUAAAUUCUACUUUCAGAAAAUGUCGCUCAACUUGCUUGCCGCAUAUGGCAGUGAUGAAGAUGCCAGUGGGGACGAAGAAGAUUUUUUCUCGAAACCUGCUGUAAAAGAAGAAGAAGAUAAAGAAGAAAAAGAAGCAGAUACGGAACAAAAAGCAGAAUGUUCAAAAGAAGCUGUAAGCUUUGAAUCAUUUGUUGGAUUAUUAUGCGACAUCUUUUGAGGAGCCUUCGAAAUCGUUUUUCUUCUCUGGUGAAGACAGAAAUGAACCCUGUAGUAGCGACUCCGAAGAGGAAGGUCAAGGAAAUCAGCCAAGUAAGACAUUUUGAAUUAAAUUUUUUGAUAUGACAAUUUCAGACAAAACAACCAGAAAACGCAAAAGCCAGUCAGCUGUAAAUCUCCCGACGGACUUUGUUAGUGGUUUUCGUUAUCUUUUAUUUUUUUAAAGAUGAAAAUAUGAAUUUUUUCAGAAAAGCUCGAUUUUCGACAAUGAUUACUCGCGAGAAGAGCGUUUGAAUGUACAAAUGUUGAGCCAACACGUCGAACUAUGCGAUAAGCCGAGUGUGAAUCACAGAAGAUCCAAGCAAACUUGCAGGUUUGUUGGAAAUUUCAACUAUUCAACGAUUUGAAUGAUAUUUUCAAAGCUUGUACAUACUUUUUUUCUGUAUUCGAAAUGUAGAUUAUGUAUAGAUUUUUUUCUGAGAAAAAGUCUUUACGAUAACAGAUUUUUGACUAAUAUCUGUUUCCAUCUUAAUAAAUUGAAAUUCUUACAUUUUGAAAUUUGCUUGAAAAACUAAAUUUUCAUUUGCCGAAAAUCAGUUUUAAAUAUUAUUGGAUGAUAGUUUCUUUUUAUUUAACCAGUUCGCUUAAAAAUUAUAAUCCGUAUAAAAAAGUUGCAGAAAUCACAAUCAUUUUAGUUUUUCGUUACUUUUUUCCUUACGAGGAAGGAAAAUUCCAUUUUUUUCGAUUUUGAAGCUGUUGAGAAUUUGCUCGAAUAGUCGCAAAUAUAUCAGUUGAAGAUACUGGACGCGGAAAAUUACAAAAAAAUUUAGUUUUUUUGAAAAAAAGAUACUUCAAAAUUUUGCAACUUUAAUAUUUUUUUAAUUUUUCUUGUAAAAUGUCAGAAAUGCAACUUUCAAGGCAUGAACUGUUGAAAAAAAGUUCUGUGCAGUAUCCAAUUUUCAAGACCUUCACCUGUUUUUUUGAAAAUUAUUUGAGACAAAGGAGUUUUUUCAUUGUUAAUAUACCAUGACGAUUAUCCCUUUUCAGAGCCUACCUAAAAGGCAAAUGUCGAUUCGGGGACAAAUGCCGGUUCAGUCACCCGAAGCACGACCGAAAUGACGUCGACGUGAACGCCGUGAGCACGACGGCCAAGCCGCAAAUGUACGACGACAGUAACAGUGAAGUCACGAAAAUAUUCCAGUCCAAGAGGUUCAAAGCGUCUUGA